AAAUAUUUGAAAAUUUUCAAUUUCAUUUGUUUGGUGUGGUUUCCAUCAAUUCGAAUAACAGAAUAGUGGUUGUCGGAUAUAACUGUAUAUACAGUACGAUUGUGUUUAAGUGCCUUCACUCUUAAUGUAAUUUUACUAUUCCUAGAUCAAUGGAAGGUCUCAGCAAUGACAAAAGGAAACGUAUUUUCCUGUCGUUUUCCCACCAGUAGUAAGGAAAAGAUUUGUUGAGGAUUAACAAGUGUUGCUUUUAGUUGUAAUGUAAAUUUUAUUGAGUGUUGUGUGGAUGGGUGCAAUACUUAUAAUACGCAUUAAAUAGUUCUGUCUAUCAUUGGGAUCCUUCAUGAGAACCACAGCAUCGAAAUUAUCUUGGUGGAGAAUUUAUAUUGGAUUUAUAAUUUCUCAUAUUCAACUAGAAAAAAAUAUAAGAGGAUUUUGAGUUUUGGAUUUUUUUCUCUUUCCAGUUUGAACAUUAGAUGGUUGAUGACAUGGAUACAAAAAGGUUUGAUAAAUGACAGACUUUAGAGAAGAUUAGCGUGUUUUGGUACAUUUUAAACGCUACAAAAAAAACCUCUAGCAUUAGUUAGGGACCGAAAAACCGCGAGUCUUCAGAGCACGUGAAAGCAAUUAAGUGGAACUUCUAGGACGUCAACAGUGGUGUAACGUUACUGUCCGCGAUACGUUACAAUAUAUACAAAGGUUAAUUGUCUCACUUUAUUUAAAAAUAGGAUCGCUAUGGCAUCUAAAGGACAGUUAACCUCUACGGACAUCCAUGUACGUAUUUUAUAUUUAAUUACAUUAUUACUAACAACAUUAAUAGCCACCACGGUGUGGAUGGGCUACACAGAACUUAAACGCUUGAAAAUUUUACUCGAUGACAAAGUUUCAAAAAGUGAAGUAAUGUACGUUAAAUUUAAAGAAAGUGGUUUUAUUGAAGAUGAUCAGAUAAUACCGUCCACGUGGUCAGAUCCAGCUGAUCAAAGACAAUAUACAGGUGAUGAUAACAAUAGCGAGGAAGUGAAAUCGACAAGAGAACGUAGACAUGUGGUAGAGGGUUCGGGUUCAGCUAACCCCGAUGACUGGGCUUGGCUUAGCAGUUAUUCCAGAAUACCGCGUUCACAGGAUGAUGUGCUUGUGGCCUUGAAAUCAUUCUGCAUACAAACUAAAGAAUACUGUAAAGCUCAUGGACCUGCAGGUCCACCGGGUAUGCCAGGCCAGAAAGGAGUAAAGGGAAAUUCAGGAUUCCCGGGAGUUACCGGCCCUCCAGGCCAGAAAGGAGAUUCAGUAGAUGCGGGAUUAGUGGCAAUGAAUUUACGCAGCGAUGAUUAUUUGAAGGGCCCACCAGGCCCGAAAGGUGAUCUUGGUCCCGAAGGAGGAUUUGGGCCAGCUGGAGAACCCGGUGUGCCAGGAAGAAAAGGAGAGCCUGGCAGAGACGGAAAGGAUGGGAAAGAUGGACCUCCAGGUAAACCAGGUGAAAAGGGAGAUAAGGGGGAUAAUGGUACGAGGGGAUUAUUAGGCUUCCCUGGAUUUAAAGGCUCACCAGGACCAACUGGACCUAUGGGGCCCCCAGGAAACCCUGGUCCACCUGGUAAACACGGAAAAAAUGGUGUACCUGGAAUUCCAGGUGAACCUGGUAGAAAUGGUACGGAUGGACAGCCAGGCAAAAGAGGUAAGAGGGGAGAUAAUGGUGUAACUGGUGAGAAGGGUGAGAGAGGAACAAGCGGAGUACCAGGUGUGCCAGGUUUAAAGGGACUAAAAGGAGAUCGAGGUGACCGAGGUUGGUCUGGAGAAAAGGGAGAAUGCUUCUGUGAAGCCGUUGAGCCAGGAUACGAAUUUUCAGGCGCCCGUGGUCCACGUGGCAGUAAAGGUGAUAAAGGAGAUAGGGGUUUCUGCGAAGUUCACUGUGCUGACAACUUUAGAAAGUUUCCGCCUUCAACGAUUACGACAACGACAACUACUGAAGCAACGACCACGCCUAUACCUACAAUACCCCCCAGAACCAGGUAUUGUCGCAUUAAAAUCAUUGGAAAACCACUUUAUGAGGGACAUUUGGGGCCUACUCACGGCAGUUGGAUGAAAGAUCCUUCCGCAACCACACCUGAAAUGAAAGAUAAAAUAUGGGUGACUCGUGGAAAAUCAGGAGACAAACUGUAUGAAUAUGCGAAUGUAAAUAAUUUCAAUGAAAAAGGGUAUUCCCCAGAAGUAUAUAAUCUUGGAAAUAUUCCCUUUUUUGGUACUGGUCAUGUCGUAUAUCACGGAUGUUUUUAUUACCAGGCUAAAGGAUGGAAUAAAAUUGUUCGGUAUGACCUCAGUGUAAAAAGUGCCGUGGCUCUUGUGGAUUUGAAAAAUUCCGAAUAUAGGAAAAAGCACUUUCUGUAUAGCACCGGAGAAAGUUACUAUGAUUUCGCGGUGGAUGAAAAUGGUCUGUGGGUAAUUUUUGGUGUGGUGAGAGGAACAAAGAAACUUCGGGUUGCUAGACUGAAUACCUUAACUUUGAGUGUCAUGAAAAGCUGGGAGCUGGACAUUGACCGUGGAACUUAUGGCAAUGGAAUAAUUAUUUGUGGUAUAGCAUAUUUCAUGAAAAAUACCAACCAGACAUCUACCAACAUAGACUAUGCAUUUGACAUUUACGAGGAGAAAAGGGUUUCUCCAUUUGAGAUAUUACGGUUUACAAAUCCAUACCAACUAAACGUGAUGGUGUCCUAUAACCCCAACGAUAAUAAGAUAUAUGGAUGGGAUAAUGGAAAACAAAUAAGAUAUCCAAUGCUUUUGGAUUAAGAUUAACUUAACAGAAUCAGUGUAUAUAUUGUAUAAAUAUAAAGUACAUGGUUAUUUAACGUACACAACAAUAUGCACAAAUAGGAAAUGAAAAGAACUAUUAUAACAUGUUAUGCUUAAUGAUUUUUGGGACAUGAAACAAUUAUAGACUACCUAUAGCCUUCUUUUAUACGCCAGACUCGCUUCUACGUCUCUCAUUUUCUGACUUGAAGUCAGAAUACAUUCUCCCAUGUAAGUCUCGUUAUCCGCGGGCAAAAAUGUCCGUCUAACGCAAAUGUAAUUGGACCUUUUCCAUGUAACAGGCGAAAAUCAGUCUAGUGCAAAUGCAACCGGCGAAAACGCGUUCAUGGAAAACGGGCUAAGUUUGAAUUGCAAGGGGAGACAACUCUCCUCGGGCGAUUGUGGAGAAUAGUGUUACGACAAAAGGACAAGUCUGGUGUCAUUUAGAGCAGGUUAUCCAGCCUAUCUGUUCACGUGAUUUACCAAUAACUUAUAAAUGCCCUUUGCAAUAUUAUUACAUAUUAGUUGGCACAGCUUAUUUAAUGUAUGAACAUUUCAUACCAAUUUAUGAUGUUUUUAGAAAGUAAGGUUAUCAAAAUAUUUACUGAAGUCAAUUUUUAGCCUGCAGAUUGUAAAUAAAUUAAACAUAGGGCCUAGUUAUUAAUAGAUGUAAUAAAAUAUUUGCCAAAUUUAGUGUUAGACCACGAUUGUAAAUAAAUAAAUUAUAAUUAAAAUAGCAUUUCAAAUUAUUAAUAAAAAUGAUAUAAUUCAAGAUAGCGUUUAAAAGAUAUCCAAAUUAUUGUAUUAAAAUGUGUAUGUGAAUUGUAAAAAUUGCCUUAUAUCUAAUAUGUAUAUAUCUGUAAAAAGAAGACCUUAGACUAAUGUUUGUUUAAUAAGGUAGAUAAAAUUGUAAAAUUAUAGCCGCGUUGCACCAGAUUGUCAAUAAACAUUUUCCGUAUUCAAUUCAUGGUUCUAAAAUGGCUUGUUUAUAUAGUAAUUUCGACAAUAAUUACUACAAAAAACAUGUUAAAUACAACCCCGACGUCGAUGUUCAUUGAUAGAAAUAGAUUGUCCGCCAGUUGUUGAAAGAUAUGACUAAUACAAUAAACAUGGCGCCGUGAAAUCAAUAAAUUGAGAAUAUUCAUUUUUAUGGUGUAUUGUCUUAUUCUAUAGUUGCCCUUUUUUUCUGGAAUAUUGCAACAUUAAGUUGCAUGUACGGUUCAUAUUUAGUAUUACGAAUUUCAGAACAAUUAUUUUCGUUCGAACUCUAUAACCUAUAUUUUGGUAUAGACAAAGCAAACAUAAAUGUCUAUUUACUUACAUCAUUGCUUAUGAUGGUUGUUGGUCAAUUACCGUUACAUGCUUUCAUAAUAAUACUUGAACCAAUUUGAUCGAAAUUUCAGUUAGAGUACAACAAUGUUUGAUUGAUAAAAUGCCAUCAAGGACAUAGCAACACUUGUAUUGUUUUUCUUCGGGGACACUUAUUAAACUUUUGUUUCUAUUUACUAGGGAGGUGGGAGUGGAGUCGAUUUGAAGGCAAAAAAUAUUGGAUUGCUCUUCUCAAAAGGUUUUAGUCUAACAAACAUUCUUUCUGUUUUGAAAUUUUCAUGAGACUCGAUCAGUGGGUAUUAUUUUAUCGAGCCCCCCCCCCCCAAAUAAACCCAAACAAAACAAACAAAAACAAACUAGAACUUAAAUUGCACUGCCUAACUUAUUAUAAUCUGUGCUAUGUAGAUAGACUAGUUCUUUAUGUACGUACAAAGAUUGAUAGUAUAAAUAUGUAUAAAAAAUGAAUGUAACUUUGUGUAAAAGCUAAUCGUAAAUUACAUAUAAGGUGAUAGAAAGCUGUAGUCUAAAAAGCCUGUUUAAUAAUAAAAAAAGAACUUUCGUA